AUGGAGGACCCUGAAAAGAAGCUGAACGAGAAGAGUGAAGACAAACCCCGAAAAGUGCGGUUUAAGAUCUCCUCCUCCUACAGCGGCCGAGUGUUGAAGCAGGUCUUUGAGGAUGGGCAGGAAUUAGAGUUACCAAAGGAAGAGUACCCGCAUAGUUUUCUCCAAGAGGCCCUCGAACCAAUGGAUGGUGUUUAUGGGUCUGGGGAAGCCCACAAGCCCCGGCUGUGUGCCCCUAAGCUGACUGCUCAAAGGAUCAGCGUGUUCAGGGAGGGAAGUGCCUAUACCUUGGCGGGCAGUCAGUCUCUCUUCAAUGAUUACAAGAUGAAUGACCAUAAGGUUGGUAUUCUGCAUGAUGUGUAA